GAAUUUACACAACAAAGCUGCAAAAGUGUAGUAUUAUGACUCAAUAAAAUCGAUUAAUUAUAAGGCAUAAUGUGCAACUUUCUAAUUUAAAUGUUUGUAAAAUAAUACGAUGAAUAACAAUGAUGGCUAAGUUGUGAUAAUUGUUUAUUUUUUGGAAUGGCAAGUAGACGAGAUGUUUUGAAAAAUUCAAUGGAUUCGCUUCCAAGUGCCAGUGACCCUUUAAGGGAUCUAUUUGAAGCCUGUAAAGUUGGAGAUAUUUCCAGGGUAAGAAAAUUAGUCACCCCGAUUACUGUAAAUGCUAGAGAUACUGCUGGAAGGAAAUCUACGCCUCUACACUUUGCUGCUGGUUAUGGUAGGAGAGAAGUUGUAGAAUUUCUUUUAUCUGCUGGAGCUUCUAUUCAGGCAAGAGAUGAUGGUGGAUUGCAUCCACUUCAUAAUGCAUGUUCUUUUGGUCAUGCUGAUGUUGUUAGAUUAUUAUUAGAAGCAGGUGCUAAUCCAAAUACUAGAGACAACUGGAAUUACACUCCACUACAUGAAGCUGCCAUUAAAGGAAAAGUGGAUGUUUGCAUAGCUCUUCUUCAACAUGGUGCUGAUGUUAACAUUCGUAACACAGAAGGUAAAACCCCUUUAGAAGUAGCAGAUGUUUCAACUCGGCCAGUACUGACCGGCGAAUAUCGAAAAGAUGAACUUUUGGAAGCUGCCAGAUCUGGAGCAGAAGAUCGACUUUUAUCUCUACUCAAUCCAUUAAAUGUCAAUUGCCAUGCAAGUGAUGGAAGAAGAUCAACCCCUCUUCAUUUAGCUGCUGGUUAUAAUAGAAAUAGAGUAGUGCAGCUAUUACUUCAAAAUGGAGCUGAUGUCCAUGCUAAAGAUAAAGGAGGUUUGGUUCCUUUACAUAAUGCGUGUUCAUAUGGUCACUUUGAAGUUACUGAAAUGUUGAUCAAACAUGGAGCAAAUGUGAAUGCAAAUGAUCUUUGGGCGUUUACACCACUACAUGAAGCAGCAUCAAAAUCGAGAUUAGAAGUUUGUUCGUUAUUAUUAGCCGAAGGUGCUGAUCCACAUCAACUCAAUUGUCAUUCCAAAUCAGCCAUAGAUGUUGCUCCUACAAGAGAACUACAAGAAAAACUUGCAUAUGAAUAUAAAGGUCAUCUUCUUCUUGAUGCUGCACGUCAGGCAGAUACAACAAAACUGAAGAAAUAUUUAAUUCCAGAUAUAUUAAGUUUUAAACACCCUUAUACUGGUGACACAGCUUUACAUGCAGCCGUCAGCUCAAUUUAUCCUAAACGAAAACAAAUAUUAGAAACACUCAUCAGGAAAGGCGCUCCACUUAACGAAAAAAACAAAGACUUCCUAACUCCUCUUCAUAUAGCUGCCGAUAAUUCCCAUUAUGAUCUUAUGGAUGUUUUACUGAGACAUGGUGCCAAAGUGAAUGCACUUGAUGGACUUGGCCAAACAGCUCUUCAUCGAUGCGCCCGUGACGACAAUGUACAAGCCUGUAGAAUUCUCUUGAGUUACAGUGUUGAUAUUACAACCGUUUCUCUUCAAGGUUAUACUGCUGCCCAAGUUGCCAGCGAAAACGUUUUGAAAAUUCUUCAAGAUCCUCCCACUGGCAGUGCCGAUGUUGAAUGUCAAAUUCUAGAAGCCGCUAAAUCUGGAGAUUUGGAUCAAGUUCAAAGACUGUUGGGAUCGUAUCCGCACAUAGUAAAUUGUAGAGAUUUGGAUGGUAGACAUUCAACGCCCUUACAUUUUGCAUCUGGUUACAAUAGAGUCUCAGUUGUCGAAUUUUUAUUACAACAAGGAGCAGAUGUACACGCCAAAGAUAAAGGCGGCUUAGUUCCUUUGCACAACGCUUGUUCCUACGGACAUUACGAAGUGACUGAGCUGCUAGUUAAACAUGGAGCUAGUGUAAAUGUAGCCGAUUUAUGGAAAUUUACUCCUCUUCAUGAAGCAGCAGCUAAAGGCAAAUAUGAAAUAGUGAAACUUUUAUUAAAACACGGAGCGGAUCCUAGCAAGAAAAAUCGAGACGGUGCCACACCGUUAGAUUUAGUAAGAGAAAACGAUCAAGAUGUAGCCGAUUUGCUGAAGGGCAACGCUGCGCUUUUGGAUGCUGCCAAAAAGGGUAAUUUAGCGAGAGUUCAAAGACUGGUGACCCCUGAUAAUAUAAAUUGCAGAGAUGCACAAGGCAGAAAUUCGACUCCGUUACAUUUAGCAGCUGGUUAUAAUAAUGUAGAAGUAGCAGAAUUUCUCUUAGAAAAUGGAGCAGAUGUAAAUGCUCAAGACAAAGGUGGCCUUAUUCCUCUUCAUAAUGCUUCCAGCUAUGGACAUUUAGACAUAGCAGCAUUAUUGAUUAAGUAUAAUACUGUUGUAAAUGCAACAGAUAAAUGGGGUUUUACACCGUUGCAUGAGGCUGCACAAAAAGGACGAACUCAACUUUGUGCAUUACUAUUGGCACACGGGGCAGAUCCAUUUCUCAAGAACCAAGAAGGUCAAGCUCCCGUAGAUUUAUCUUCUGCCGACGAUGUGAGGUGUCUUUUACAAGACGCGAUGGCAUCCCAGCAAGGUGUGCCGACAACAUCGGCUCCUCCUUCUAGACCACCAUCAAUAGCUCUAUCUCAUACUCCUAGUCCACCUCUUCCAUCCACUAAUGUAGAAACAGUAAUAAUGCCUUCGGGAGCGGCGGUACAACUUCUUGUUCCAAUAGGUAGUAGAACCAGUGUGUCUAUGGCUGCCGCAGAUGGAUGUUCUUCUGGAAAACUUGAAGGCAAUGAGGGAGACGACGGUGCGAUUUGUUCUGUUGCCAAUUUCUUAUCGAGCUUAAAUUUAGAACAUUUAUUGGAUAUUUUCGAAAGGGAGCAAAUUACUUUGGAUAUAUUAGCGGAGAUGUCGCAUGACGAUUUGAAGCAGAUUGGAAUAUCGGCCUAUGGUUUUAGACACAAGCUUAUUAGAGGGAUGGAACGUUUAGUAGCCAGUUGUGGAGGUCUAUGGACAUCCCCAUCUAAUCCAGGAACGUUAUUAGUUGAUCUCCUAUCCGAUGACAAAGAAUUUAUUACAGUAGAAGAAGAAAUGCAAAAUAGUAUAAGAGAGCACAGAGACAACGGUCAUGCUGGUGGUAUUUUUUCAAGAUACAAUAUUAUUAGGAUACAAAAAGUACAGAACAAGAAACUUUGGGAACGUUAUACUCAUCGAAGGAAAGAAGUAGCCGAAGAAAAUAGUAAUCAACCUUGUGAGAGGAUGCUAUUCCACGGUUCACCUUUUAUUAAUGCCAUUGUACAAAAAGGUUUCGAUGAGCGCCACGCUUAUAUAGGAGGGAUGUUCGGCGCAGGAAUUUACUUCGCUGAACAUUCAUCUAAAAGUAAUCAGUACGUUUAUGGAAUAGGUGGAGGUACAGGGUGUCCCACGCAUAAAGAUAGGAGCUGCUACAGCUGUCAUAGGCAUCUUCUGUUAUGUCGAGUAACAUUAGGUAAAUCUUUUCUUCAAUUUAGCGCAAUGAAAAUGGCGCACGCUCCACCCGGUCAUCAUUCUGUUGCCGGAAGACCGUCGGCUGGGGGCUUAAAUUUCCCGGAAUAUGUCGUAUACAGGGGCGAACAGGCGUAUCCGGAAUAUUUUAUAACUUAUCAAAUUGUAAAACCAGAAGAAUAUUCGAGCAGUACCGAUUCUGAAGUCAGGUGAUUUCAGGAGCAAUGGUUGUUGCUGCGACCUACCAAAACAUUCAGAGAAUAUGUCUGUGGUUUGUUGUGCCACGCUCUGCGCUGUUUAGCACCGACAAGAAAACAAUGUAGCUGCCAAGAGAGUAAAUAACCAAAUUUUUUGGGUAAAAUUUUUAACAGAUCUCGCAGUUUCAUUGGAAAUUUAAGUUUUAUUAUUAAUUGUUCAUUUAGACGGGACGUUUAUUAUCGAACAUUUGCAGUUGUUUAAAAUAGUAUCAAAAAAAUCGUUUUAAAUAAAUGUUUUACUAAUGUAUUAAGGAAAAGUAGAGCCUCGUCUAAAUAGCUUUUGUAUUGAAACAUUCUGGCUUUUCAUGUAAAUAUUGUUUUUUUUGAAAAAAAUUUGGGUUAUUCGAAAAAUAUCACUGGGUAUUUGCUUAAACAAGUAUAAAGGGAAAGAAAAAAAUUUAUGAGUAACUGCGUAUCUAUUACAAAUUUUAUCUGUAUUAACAAUUUGGAAUAAAGGGUUUCCAAAAGUUUUUGAACAACAGUAAGUUUCAAAUGAAUGAAGAAAAAAAAAUUGGGGACAUGAAACUAUAUUUUUAGAUGGUCUAAAAUUUUUAUACAAUCCGGAACCUUUUUUAGAAGGCGAUAAUUUGGAGAUUUUUAAAUUGCAACCUUUUUCGAGUUUCAAGUAAGUCAAAGUGUUGAAAUACAGGGUUUUCGAGAUUUAUUUUGAAUUUGAAAAUUAUGGGGUUAUCUCUCCCUAACAAAAAGUUUUAAACUAUAUAAAAAUGUAGUUUUGGUUACAUUUUCUAAAUUCGGUUGUCACUUAUGGAAUCGUGACUUCUGGGAAACACUGUAUCUAAACUAUUGCGAGAUUUUUUUAUAAUUCAACUUAUAAGUAAAAAUUGUGCGUAAAUAAUUAUACAGCUUUUUUCAAGGCUAAAUAUUGUAAAAAUUACUUGAUCCAAAUAUCAUCAAGCCUAGUACUUUAAAACUAUCACAGGUUCCACGAUAUUGUUCUUCCAUGUAUUUCUAUCUCUUCAUUGUUCUCCCAUGUUUAUCUGUGUCGUCAUUGUAUUUCUGGGAAUUCCCCGAAAUCUGUUUGAUGUACCAGAAUCAUCAAAGUUGAGAGCUAGUGAAUUUGAUAUUCUGUUAAUUUAUAUAUUUUACAUUCCAUUACUUUUAUCGUCAAUCAAGCUGCAUUUAUUAAAUGAGGGGUACCAAACCACAACAUUAAUUUCCAGUGUGCAAAGUCUCAAUUAUAAUAACUUUCUCGAGCUGGUUAAUGUACUCGGUAAUCUAUUCAAUUCAAAUUCAAACCUUGUACACCGUGACCUUAAAAGAUCUUCUGCAGUAUGGGGGAACCCAGUGUUUACAGCUGAUAUACUAAUCCCACUCCUCUUAGAAAUUUCAGAAUGUGACAGUGCUGUAGCUGCCAAAGAUCUUCUAUCUCAUACGCUCCCAGGUGUAGUGCUCUAUAAUUCUGUAGUGUCUCAUACUUUAUCUUCAGGUGUCCAUCGAGGCGACAGUGCCCCGACAGGACUCUUGUUAGUAUUUGUAAGUUGUUCUAAUUUAGGAUAAUACAUUAAACAAAUCUUCUCUUUGUCUCAGUAUCUGUAGAUUGGAUUCACCCUCUAUUCACCUUUUCAAAUACUUUAUCUAUUGUUCUGUUAUUGACACCACAGAGUGGUUCAGGUCCUAUGAAGGGUUUGUCUGCCCCUACUUUAGCGAGUCUGUCAGCUAUUUCAUUUCCCUCCACACAGGUGUGUUCUAAAAUUCAUUGUAGGAUAACUUUAUUCUUCUUGCUUACCCCAUUUAACUUGUCCAGGCAUUUCCAAACUAGUUUGGAUUUUAUAUAUUGGAGCUUCAAGCUCUAAUGGUUACUUGGAUAUUGGGCAGCAUGAUGAUUUCCUGUGGAUGAUAGUUCCUAUCUAGAUUAUUCCUAUGAUUUGGAAAAAUGAUCUCGUGUCUGUAAAAUAAGAGUUAAAAUAUUUUAAGUUUUUUUGAAUACGAAGUCACACCAACAUUACACCAGUGACAACUCUCCGAACAUUCAAAGUCUUCUUCAGUCAAGAGUUUUCCAAAGUUUUCUGAAAAGUGGGACCAUAUUCUUGAGCUUGUUUCUUUUGAUAAAAAUGGUGUAUUAGAACAGUGUCAUUUUUUAACUUAAAGUUUAAUGCUCUCAUGGAAAACAUCAUCCGAGGACAAGCGGAUACCUAAGAGAAUCAUAAAUACCAUAUCCGAUGGACUGAUCAGGUUCACAAAGACUUACAAACAAUAAACGUGGAGCUGAAUUGUCGAGGGGGCCAAGGCUCGCACCGAGCUGUAGUAAGGAUGGAUCAUUCCCUCUGAUCUUUCACUGCUAUGGUGAAUUAUGAAUCUUUAACAAGUUGCCCUUUUAAUGAUUAUUAAACCACCACUCGAUAGGUUCUUGUGACUUGGGUAGAAAUUUUUAUUUUAGUUUAAGUUUUUUGGAAGGCCCUAAAAUAAUACUUGCAGAGCCGGAUUGAUUUUGAUUGAUCUGUAAAAGGACUUGUACCUUCUGCAGGACUUGAGUUGGGGUGUUAUUGAGAUGAGAAGUCAAAAUGGCCUGGGGUUCGCGUGUAUUUGAAUGGGGUCAAUGUGAUGUUAUUAAAAUAAGAAGAGGAACGAUUGGAGAGAGGUAAUUUGGCUGAUAAACGAGUUCAGAAAGCAGUACCAUUGCCAGUAGUUGGGAUGGGUUUUAAUUGAAAACUAUAAAAUAUGCCUGUUUCAAUUUUCUCUGAAUUUGACUGACUAAAAUGAUUUUCAUCGAGAUUUAAAGCUUUUGCUUUAUCAGCCCAAACUUAUUAUGUACCUAACCAGAGAUUCAGUGAUUCGAUGGUCAUAGACAAUUCAAAUAAUAUAAUAAGUAAUUUGGAAGAUAUGAUUGAGCAGAGUUGGUUAACCUAGUACAAGGUGGUUGAUUUCAUGUGUAUGUUGGGCUAAUUAGAUUUUAAAUUUUAGAAAAAAAUGUCUAUUUUAAUGAACAAUGUAUUUCUUUAUUUUUUAUUAGUAACAGAACUAACAUCAACUAAAUUGUACCCAAAACCACGUGGCAUCAAAAAUUGUUGGGUUUUAGGCACUAUUUUUUUCUUUUUCACUCUGUAUCCAUUACAAUAGAUUAAUAGUUUGAAUUAUUAUGGAUUAAAAAAUUUUAAAAACUUCUCGCAUAGUAAAAAAUGUGUUCAUAUUUUCAGUGUAUAUAUAAGUGCGUAAAAUACCAUUUUUUUAGGCUAAUGUCCGUUUUUGUUAAUUUAUUUUAUAUUGGAAGACUAAUACUGAAUACUUUCAGUAAAAUGAAAAUGUGAUAUAAAUUUUUUCCUUUUUAUUCGUUAAGUUACAUGGUGUGGUUUGUUCAAUAAAACUUUCAACUAUACUUUCUUUGUGAUUUAUCCUAAUCUAUAUGUAAAUAUAUUAUUUUAUCUAUAAA